UGGCGUCUCUGACAGGUCCAGUGAGUCCAGCAAAACAUCUAUGUCUUGGCCAUGUUUUACAACAGGAUUAUAAAUCCAGGUCCAUGUCUGAACCUAAGCUGCUUCGGAGACCUUUGUCCCCAAAGGGGAAGACUGAACGGGCUGGACCAAGCAGAAAAGGCCGUAAAGGUGCUCAUGAGGAAGAUACAAAAUUCAAAGGAAAACAUGGCACUGGUUUUGACCAACUUCAUUUACCUGAGAAGAGCCAAGCAAUUUGUUUGAGUUUCCCAGACUUUGGUUCUGAAAUCCAAGUUCCAGCUAAUAUUGAGAGAACCUUUAUUAUCCAUUCACACCCUAGUGGUCCUCCUAGCUUCCCAUUGCAAAAACGUCGUGUACCCUUAAGGAUGCAAAUGCCAUUUCUAGGAGAUUACCGGCUGCUUUUACGAAGAGAUUUUAUAUUGAAAGGUCUGGCUGUAGUCGCCACUCUUCAUGUCAAAUGCUUGGACGUUGAAACUACAAGGCCAAUUAUUUCUCGACUUAACUAUGAAGCACUCACGAGUGAGCUGAUUGCUAGGGAAAGGAGAGGCCCAAGAGAACUCCAUUCUAUACUGCUCUCAAAUGAAGAUCUGCCUUUUCCUGAACCACCAAGAAAAUCUGAGAGACAAAUGGAAUUAGAAAGGUUACUGGAGGAGAGACUGGCGGAGAGACUGGGAGAAAGACUGGGGGAAAUACUGGAAGAAAGACUGUCUCUCCCUGCAGAGGAAAAAGAAUUGAUUAUUGAGGAGGUAAAACAGAAAAAAAAGAAAAGAGUGACUUAUGCAGGAACGAGAUUUAUUCCAGAACUAGAACCUGAGCUGGAUUAUGAACCUGAGCUGGAUUAUGAUGACUCACUUAUCUCCGGCAUGGGAAGCGAGCCGAAAUUAAAUCUAGAAGAGGAAGAGACUGAAUCGAUGUCAGCAGCUUACAUGGCAGUACUCUCUUGCCUAAUGCAUAGAAGAACUGGGCUUAGUCUUAAGGCAUUUUUUCUGUUUCAACUUCCAGACCUCUCACCUUUGGCCGGCUUUUUGCUGUACCUCAACCUGUCAUUUAACUACUUGUACUUCUUUCCUACAGAGGUAUUUUAUCUUAAACACUUGGAAGUGCUAAAGCUCCGAAACAACCCCAUCAAAUUCAUCCCAGAAGAUAUCUGCCGAAUGAAGAAUCUUAAAUUAUUGGUUAUGUCCUUCAAUUUGCUGACUACUCUUCCAGCUGGGCUAUUUUCAUUGCCCAAUCUGCAGGGCCUCGAUGUUUCCUACAAUGAACUUGAAUCCAUCCCUAAUGAAAUUGGAAAACUCAGAAACCUAACAUAUCUGAACGUAGAAGGGAAUCUACUGUACGUCUUGCCUUGCGGGCUGCUGAAGCUCAAGCUGAGCUGCCUUAAGGUGGAAAACAACUUCUUGCACACCUACUUCUGGGAUGAAAUCUGCCGCCUUGAGCCACAACGACUCACUGACAUGGCCGCCUUUUGUUUUGCCAAACACAACCUUUGGAGAGUGUAUCGCAAGAUCCCAAGGGACAUUCACGAGAUAUUGCUCAACUUUAAAGCCUGCGAUUGCUGCACGGGACCCUUGUAUGGAAAAGGCCUUCAGUUCCCUCGCAUUUUUAGGAAUGUCUAUGGGCUUAGGCUUCCUUAUCUUUUUAGUGCCUGCUCGCCAACCUGCUAUUCAAAUUAUGUUGCUGAAGCUGUUGCAGCUGCUGAAGCUGCUGCAGCUGCUGAAGCUACAGAUGCUGCAGCUUCAGCGUAA